AUGAUGGUCGGUCCGCCUGCCUGGUCGAACCGGGCAGUCGCGCGAGCCCAGGAGGAAGAACACGAGGAGAGACGAAGACGGAAGGAACGCGAGUGGGAGGAAACUGAGUCUUUUGCGGAGGAGAGAGACAGCGACGUAGCUUUCUGUGGAUCCGAUGAGGAUGAGGAUUGCCAUGAUGACGCGUACUAUGAGAAGCUCCAAAAAGAUCAGUGGUCCCCCUUCGAGUGCGCAUCGUCCUUUCAAGCGGCGAAAGACAGAUUGAUUCAUGCCAUAGGCAGAUGUUUCGUAGCAUACACCCUAGUGGUCUACAAGCGUCCUUGGCUAGUCAUCGCCCUCUCUCUCAUGGUGUCCCUGCUUCUCGCCAUUGGGAUUCCACUCCGCCGCGUGGUGAAGGAUGGAGAAAGACAGUACGCACUGCCUUGGACUCGUGCUCACAAUGAUUCGCUUCUUUAUUCAAACAUGUUCUAUGGCAACCUGACGCGGACUGAGGUUAUCUACGUCGUCGCAAACGUCGAAGACACGAAUCUGCUUACCCGCGAGUUUCUUGACGCGCUGUGGACGUUCCAUCUGGAAGUCCUGGAGCUGUCGGUUUCUGUCAAACCAGAGGAGGAGCUCAUGGCAAAUACCACUCUUCCGCCGCUCCUUUUCGAUCAACUCGUGGGCGGCCUAGGCGUGCGCGACCCCAACAGACGUCCCCACGAGGACGACUUUUACUGGCCCCGCCGGCUACAAACCACAGAAGCGAACUCAGGCGAUGCAAACGCCGCCGACUUUGCUGCAAGUUCCUUCCUUUCUCCCAUACCCCUUCAGAUUGCCUCGCAAAUGUCCUCUCUUGUGCUGGGACCGGCUUUGCACGCUUCGGCCUCUCCAGCAAAAACAGAUCUGGAGGUAUCCAGCAGGGAAAAAAUCACGGAAGCUUCGUCGGCCACCGUCUCUUCUGUCCGGAACGUGCCUCUCAGUACAGGCCGAGAGGACGACCAUGCCGAUCCUGUGGCUCCCCGAGGCGAAAGUGAGGCACGUUUCAUUAGCAACGAGAAUAAACAUGCGGCCCUGGGGACCCUCCAGCGGGGGACAGAUAAUGUUCACCAGUCACGCCAAACGCCGGUCCUGUUUCGAAGCGAGCGAAAUUUGUCCGUUACCGGAGACAACAAGGUUCCGGGUGUUCCACUUCAGAAACCCGCGGCCCUUGGAGCUACAGUAAGGGCGCUUGGAGUCACCGGAGGUUUCGGCAUGAGCGAGUUUGGAUGCGUCGAGACCCACGCUCCUGCAAAAGAUCGAAUCUCUGGUCUCGCCUGCCGGCCACCUCUGCCGCCUGACAAACCGCACAUGAGGCCCGUCGCUCGCGCGUGGGAAGCAGCCCUGGUCAAGCUUGUCGAAAAUUCCCGAUGGCGGUUGCCUGGCGCGUCGAUCUACUGCAAAACCGACCAAAGCUUGGAAGAAGGCCUCUCGUCUAGCACGGGCUUCAAGGGGAGCACGGACAUUUUGUUUGUCUUAGCUGCAGGCACUCUCAUCUUUGGCUACGUGGGGUUGGUAACGUUUAGCACGAAUCACUUUCGCAGCAAGAUGCUCGUUUCCGUCAUGGGAGCAACGGCGGCCGCCCUUGGAUAUUGCGGAGGUGCGGGUUUGUGUUACCUCGUGGGACUUGAGCACACGACGACGGCCACCGCCGCGCCUUUCCUUGUUAUGGGUAUUGGCGUCGAUGACGUGUUUGUCAUUAUCAACUCCUAUUCGCUCACGUUUACGAGAACAGUCGCGAAGGAACGGUUGACAAUCACAAUGCGAGACUCUGGGUUAUCGAUAACGAUAACAACCCUUACGAGCAUCAUUAGCUUCGCCAUUGGCGCGACUUCCCCCUACCUGGCGAUCCGAAAUUUCUGUUGGAUUACCGCCGCCGGUAUCCUUGGAGGUUAUCUCAUGUGCAUCACGUUUUUCCUCGCCUGCCUGUCGAUCGACGCCUACUACGAAGAACGCCGCCAACAAACGAUGGCGCGAUGCUGCCUUCUGCCGGUCCGCCGACCGCCGGAAACCGGAGUUCAGCGGGCACGAGGCGGACCUCUCGAAACUGAAGACGCGUUCAGCGGCAGUGAAGGAUCACGUAAAAGGAGACCCGGCAAUGGCUGGGUAGGUGGCCUUCAGUCUUCAGGAUUCAGGUUCUCAUUACCUUACACUGAGGACAAGAAGUACCUCGCGACGGCCAGGCACUCGUUACUCAACCAGCAUGCGAGCACAGUAUACGAGUGCGUAACCCUGCAAGUGGCUAUGGAGAUGACUAAAGGGUGUGAGUUGUCCGCGCGAAGGCAGAGACCCGGAAGCGACGACGACAGUUGUGGCCGUUUGUCGGAUGCUCCGGCACGGCCGGCAAGAGAACCAAAGAGAACUCCGAAAAAGCGAGUCGCCAAGGCAAAAGCUAAGCAGAAAGCCGCAGUUAAAGAGGAGUGUGACGCAAGUCACCUGCAGCACCCGGCCUCUGGGUCCGAGAGAGGAGCUUCAACGGCCGCGGAAAACGCGCCGCCCUCUCUAGAGCCCGCGACAGGCGCGGGGAGGCGCGGGGCUGCUAAAGCCAAGGCGAAGGCUAAGCAGAAGGGCGUUUUGCGGGCCGCUACCCCUCCUGAUGCAAGUAAAUCAAUACCGAACGCGACUCCUAAUUUGCAGAAACAGGAGGAAUCGAAAGAUGCCCACGACAGUUCCACCGAGUCAGCGGCAGGCCGACAGCGACGUGUUCCGCCGAGAGGCGCACGUAAGCUCGUCGCCGAGUUGCAACCGACGAAACGCGGAAAAAAAGGAGGCAAAUCGAUAUCAGAUGCAACGGCAAAUUCAGAGAGAGGCAGUCACACCUAUGCAGAAGAAAAGACGCAGGGAAAUCUGGGUCACGAAGCGACGUGUGUGCACCCCAGAACACCGAAAGGCGCCGCUGCUGAAGCAGAGAUGAACACAAAGCAGAUGUCGAAUGCCUCGCUCUCGUCCUCCGAUAGUUCUUCGGAAGACGAGCCCCCCAGUGAAGUGGGAGAAGGCCUGUAUCGACGGGGCGAAAAUGCGAGAGCACGUGCGGCAUCCCGAGCGGCAGACCGUGGGCGGCGGUGCACAGGUUUCCUAAAUCCCAGAGAGCUCUCUGCAGUCGCGUUUCCACGCCAAGGCGGCAUCGUGAGAAGAACUAACGGAGCGAAAGGAGCGCGAAAUCUAGGACAGGGCAAGAAGGGGCGGACCCUCCAAACGAGAUGCCCCCGGCAGAAACUCGGAGCGGCAGGCCCUCGACCUCGAGACGCCCGUCCCUCCAUCUGCCGGCGGGGAUCCGCAAACGCUCUGCCGGCUUUUCGAGAUCCGAGAGGCAGAGAUGCAGCGAGAAACCGCGAGGCGGACGAGGAGACUGGCACCUCCGUGCCUGGCGCCUGUGGAGGCGCGCACGAGCAGCCGCUGGGGCUGAAAGAGCAGUUGAAGAAACUACUAGACAUGGCUGAACAGCGACAGUUCAACCCUCAUCAGACAGAAGAGGAAAAGGCAGACGCACAGAUCGCCGAAGCUCUAGGCCCCGUCCUGCAGGGAAAGCCUGCCGCAACUGUUGGCCCAGGCGCAGUCGUGGUCCUCGCCAUUGAAGAGCAGCUGCGUCAGAAUCGGCUCGAGACUGGUGUCGAGCAACCCCGGCCGAAGGCAAAGGCCACCUUAAGGAGGAAAUUCUUUGACGCCCAAGAGUUCUUUUUCAAUAACUACGGCGACCCAGUAAAAAUUUUCUUCACCAGCCCGAGGGACAUUUGUUCACGGACCUUCAAGUCAGAAUAUGCGUGGCUACACCAGAAGCUGGAAUCGAGAGGCUAUACGCGCCAUCUGGUUGACGGACUUCACGUUUUUCUUUCGUCUCCCUUGGGGGCGUAUGGCCCAGAGAACAACCCAGUAACAUGCAUGCGGAUCUUGCGGUCAUGGCUUCAAACUCCAAUGGGGGCGAACUUCGCAUCCCAGUUUGCCUGGCAAGGGGACAGCGAACUCCGCGCAUUUCAAACCCUGCUCAUUCCCGUCUAUUUCCCAACCUCUGAGGAGUCAAGUAAUUUCAUGGUCUCUCUCAGACGGGAUCUGCAAAGUUUCAAGGCAGCGGAUGCUCACGCGUACAACCGGCUCUUUGUCUUUUAUGAAUCGGACACAAGCAUCUUGUCAAGCACUCUCGCCAACAUGGCGUGGGCGGGCUGUGCCGUUCUUAUUGUUUCCGUUUUAUUGCUGCCCUCCCUCUGGAGCGCCAUUAUGGUUAUUGUCAUCCUUGUCCUGAUCGAUGUCUCCAUCAUCGGCUUCAUGCACUUCUGGGACCUUCCGCUAAAUAUGCUCACCAUGGUCAACCUCAUCAUCUCCAUAGGCUUCGCGAUUGACUACGCCACUCACAUCUGCCAUACAUUCUGCCACUGCGUUGGACGAACGCGGGACCUGAGGGUUUUCGAGACGCUUGUUCUGAUUGGGAAUCCAAUCUUUCACGGGGUUUUAUCCACCCUGCUCGGCGUGUCUGUUCUUGCUUUUACCAGAUCGUAUGUUCUCCGAGUCUUCUUCAAAAUGAUGACUCUUGUUCUUGUGCUUGCCUUCGCUCACGGCGUCAUCCUCCUUCCUGUCCUACUCAGUCUCGUCGGCCCCAUGGAUCCGCGGAAGGAACCCGUGAAACGAGCUCUAAAAAAUUUCGUCAGGGGACUUCGAAGCAAAGGCCGCACGGAAAGGUCAAAAUAA